AGUAUUUUAUAAUAAUAACAUUAUCUUAUAUGUUUCUGUGGCCUGACGGAUAUAAUCGCUAACCUUAAAAUCCAUUAAAAUAACUAAUUGAGAAGACUCAAGGAGACAUUUUGCUGUUGUUAGAAGAAGACCUUUUUAUCAAAUAAGCAAAAUUGGGAGACACAUUAGCUGUUGAAACACUAGUACAAGGUACUGUUGGCUUACUAGAAGUUAUGUUUAUGGAUUAUAAAUAUGUUUUAAGUGAACAUUUUGAACAAUUAACUAAUCAGUAUUCCAUCAUGUGGGAAUUGAUAGAUCUUAAACUUCCAAAAGUUAAUGCUCAAAUUCUGGUAAAUAUAUCAUUCUAAUUAUAGACUCAUUGGGAAUUAGUAUUCUCAUUAUUAGAUAAUGAAUUAACUGUAGAAAUUUAAUGGUAUUUUGCUUUACGCGUCAUCACUUUUGUUAGUUAAGAAAAGUCUACUCUACUUAAUAAUCAUUAAGAUAAGUUAAUCAAAUUAUAUCAACAUCUGGAAUAUACAUAUGUUGCUUAAAUCAUCACAGAAAUGAUGAUUACUCCUUCAAAUUUAAAUUAACAAUAAUUUAUCAGUAAAGGCAUCCAAGAAUUCCAUUUACUAACUGAAUUGCAAGCUAUCAACUUUACUUAUAUUAUACAUGAACUCUUUACCAAAAUUAAGAAAUAAGAUAUCAUAGAAUUCAUAAUUACCAGUUCUAUUUUAUCUAAAAUGUUUGAAGUUAUAUAAUCAACUAAUAAUAUGUAUUAUUACUUUACUAAACUCUAGAAUUGCCAAAAAUGCUGCUCAUAUAAUUUCGAUCAUCUCUAACCAUUACUCAAAUGAAUUGUAAAAUUUAGAUUUAGAGGAAGAAGAAUCAGAACUUAUCACUACUUAAUUCCAUUCUACUAUUUUUUACCAAAGUGUCAAAAACAAUUUAUAGAUUAUAAAUAAUAUAUUCAAACACCAUUGUGAUCACAAUUUAAGAAUUACCCAAUUAAUUAUUAAAUUGAUUGAAGUAAACUUUUAUCCCUACUUAUUAGGUUAUUGAUAAUCUAGUUAGAAUUACAGAUAUUUCACUCUGGGAAUCCAUGCAUAAAGCAUAAAUCAUGGUUUCAAUCAUACGCUUAUGCAGCAUCUAUCAAAAAUCAGACAUUCUCUCUUCUUAAGUAGAAAGAAUGCUUUUUUAUAUUUUUGAAAGAGCCUUAAAUGAUAAUCAUCCCUUUUGGGCAUUUUAAUUUAUUAAGGUCUAUCAAAUACAAAAUAAUACUAAUUCUAUGUUUAAUAGAUAAGUUUUUGCUUUUGAAUAAUAGUUAAAUACAAAAAUUACCAAAGAAUUCGAUUAUAUCACAUAUGAUACUUAAAUUCUAGAAAUUAAUUCGGAAUUACAACAAUCUAAAAUUUGGGAUAGAAAGAAAUGGGAAAUAAAAAUAUAACAAUGUGAAAAUUAAAAAAAAUUAGGUUCUUAAAUGUAAAUCAACGAAGAUGAAACAAAAUUGAUUGAAAUUAAUAACACUGAGAAUGUAAAUUUAUGCAUUUUAGAUGAAAAGAAAACAGAAGAAGAGAAGAUUCGAGAAGGAGAAUAAAAAGAAAAAGAAGAAAAUAUUCAAGAAUAAAAUGUCGAAGAAUAAAAACCGAAUGUUAAUGAAAAUCAGUAAAUAGAGGAUUAAGUUGUUGAAAGUGAAUCAGAUUCAUAAUCAUCUUCUUCAAAUGAUUCUAAUGAAGAAAUAAAAGAAAAUGAAGAUUAAAAUAAUAAAAAUACUUUUAUGAGUUAAUCUGGAAAUUUAGAAUACUUAGGAUUCUAAAACAGAAAAAACAAGUUAAAUUUGGAACAAAUAGAGAAGUUAAGAAAAAAGUCAAUUCAAUUUGAAAAGAUUUCAUAACAUAUGACUCAAGCUGGGAGAAGACUUUCAUUAUAAGCAGGUCUAAAUAUAAAAGAACUUAGUCCAACUUAUUUAGAGUUUAAACUUGAUUUAGAAAAAAAGGUUCUCCGUAAUAUAAACGACAAUUAAAUAUUAAAAGUAGAUGA